AGAACGGACUCCGUCGAAAGACUCUAGAGUUUGUCCUGUGGACAGAAUAACUACUAAAAACGACAUUCUUAUAAAGGAGCAUUUUAUGAGUUACAAGGAUAAAAAGAGGCCUUACGGAUUUUUAUCUGCUGGGUUUUAUCACACUGGACACUAUUUGAAUGAAGCUGAAGCUCAUACCGGUGAAAGCAGCGGUAAAUCUUUUGCUGUGCAUGGAGUAAAAAGAUAACAGGACAGAAAGAACAUGUAUAUUUUUUUCAGUGUGAGACGAAUGCGAGCAUUUACUUGGGAAAUGUUUUGUUUCGGGAUGACACACCGUGUGCGGCGCACAUCAGCGCCGUUACGCGCGUAGAUCACCUGUUGAAGUUGCCCCGGUGAGCUGUUUCACGUUUCGCUUUCAAACGGCAGGGUCGUCUUGAACAGCGCCUUAACAAAUGAUCGAUCCGUCCUCCGGUCUGUAUGAUGCACUGAUUCCCCGUUAUGUUGUAGGAUGAGCGCUGAUCUGGAGCGCGUUUCGCUCAACACAUCGGUGAACUCGGCCGGCUCGGGCGGCCGUGCGCUUUCGGCAAACGUCCGGAGGCUCCACAACACUCUCAACCUGCUGCUCAGCGACCUGGAGAGAGAGCAGUUCAUCCACUGUCUCAAUGUGUACCACGCCAAGCGCAACGUCUUCGACCUGGUCCAAACUCUUAAAGUAAUUCUUAACACGCCCGGCAAACGACAGCUGCUGCCCAUGCUGCGCCUGGUCAUCCCGAGGUCCGACCAGCUGCUGUUUGACCAGUACACCUCCGAGGGACUCUACCUGAAGACGGAGCUGCUCCCCAGCAACGGUAGCGCGGAGGGCUUUGGAGAUGAGGGCGACUCGACUCUGCAGAAAUAUGUCAGCUCCAUCCAUGAACAGCCCCUCACCUCAGGCUGUCCGGACGGUUACAGCGCCGCCGCGGAGUUGUCGGCUUCCAUGACCCAGCCGUUUUUCGAGGGUCACUUCGGGGAAGUGCGCAAAGUCACCCUGACGCGCUCCAGGAGCCACGAGGGUCUGGGCUUCAGCAUCCGCGGGGGGUCGGAGCACGGCGUGGGGAUCUAUGUGUCCCUAGUGGAGCCUGGCUCAUCGGCCGAGAGAGAAGGACUGAGGGUGGGAGACCAGAUAGUGACCGUGAACGACAUGAUGUUUGACAAUGUCACUCACAUAGACGCGGUUAAGGUGCUUAAGGGAUGCAAGAAGCUGUCCAUUUCAGUGUGUUCCAUGGGUCGGAUCCCUGGAGGCUACAUCACCAACCAUGUGUACAGUUGGGUGGACCCUCAGGGACGGAGUGUCUCCCCGCCACCUGACAGCCAGGAGGCCAGCCAGUGGCAAGGACAUGGCAUGGAGGAGAGGACGGCAAACCUGAAUAUGGACGACGGUCGCUCUCUGGGCCUAAUGAUCAGAGGUGGUGCUGAGUAUGGACUGGGGAUCUACAUCACUGGAGUGGACCCUGGAUCUGCUGCAGAUGCUGGUGCAUUAAAGGUGGGUGACCAGAUCCUGGAAGUGAACGGUCAGAGUUUUGUCACCAUCUCCCACGACGAGGCAGUUCACAUCCUCAAAACAGGACACCACCUGCUGAUGAAAGUGAGGGAUGUGGGUCGUCUGCCUCAUGCACGCACAGUGGUUGAUGAGACCAAAUGGAUCUGCAGUCAGGCCAUAGCUGAGACCAACGCUACAGCUAACCCAAGUUCUGUUAUCAACCCCACUGUCAAUGCUGGCGUCCACGUUAGUGUCAGUGCCAGUACCUGCAGUACAAGACCAUCUUCAGGCAGAGCCACACCUGUAUUAGGAAAGCCAGCAGCAUACAGAGGUGUGGGCCCACCAGGUGCUCAGGUGUCCCUGGAGCAGCAGGCCUACAUGCUGCUAACGGAGCCAGAGAGGCAGACCAUGGCCUAUUACCUGCAGGAGUACCAGGAGGGACACAUAGGAGUGGAGCCGCUGGCCAUGGCUCUGUUUGAGCUCUUCAACACACAUGCAAAGCUGUCCAUGUUGUCUGAGGUGAGGAGUAUGGUGGCUCCCCAGGACCUGGAGUUAUACGACAGGCUCGUGUUGCACCGUGAGAGGGAGGCCAACCAGGCCUGGCAUGGAGGCCUAGGAGUGAUGCACCCACAGGGCCACUGCAACCACUCGUCCACUGUGAUCCAUGAUGUGGGAAACACAGUCCCUGCUACGACUGACGGCUCUGUUGGUGGCUGGACAGAAAAAGACCAAGAGGAGAACACUAAUACCUUGAAAAACAUUUCACUGGAUGAAAUGCAGGCUUCAGGUGAAUCUCCUAAAUUCUUCAGGGCUGCCCCUCUCCAGGCUCAGAACAGGCCGCCCAGGGAGAAGGAGCUCAGCCGGAAGCCUUCAGCCCGUCGGGUGCAGUCCGGCUCCAGCCUGCUUUUCAGUGGCCCCACCCGGCUGCUCCAGGACUGCCUCCACAAGUCACUCAAAUCCCUCCCCACCAUCCAGCAGCCCUCACCAACUUCUGCCCACCACACAUGCGCUGGUGCCAGCUACCACACUUCCCUCAAUGCACUCCAUCAUACCUGCCAGAGUUCCCCUCAACUCUCUGACUCUGAACACCACAACCAUCUCCACUUCGCUCAUCACUUCCACCCCCAUGCUGCUCACAGCCGGCCCAGUUCAGGACACCACACCUGCCCGGGCUUUCUGCAUCAUCGGGACUCCUCCGGCUCUGCUAAGCAAGAGGCAUCUGUCAAGCUCGCUUGCAGAUCCAGCUCCUAUGAGAAGUCCUCCAUCUUGUCAAAGUCUGCAUCCUCUUCCAAAGCAGCAUCUCCCAUACCAUCGCCUCAUCUAUCACCCCAUCCCUCACCAUGUCCCUCUCCAUGCCCCUCUCUCAUUACACCUGCUGCUCCGCCCUGUAGCCCUGACCAGCCCUGCUCACCUGCCCUCACCCAGAAGGUCAUCAUAACAGACAUGAACCGGCUGUCUGCAGACUCCAGACCACAGCAGAGAGGGGCCACCCUGUCCCAACUGUCUGAUAGUGGCCAGACUCUGAGUGAGGACAGCGGUGUGGAUAUAGCCGAGGCAGGAGGCCUCAGUAAGGACGGCAGCCCUCGACCUAGCAAGAACCAGCAAGGCCAUCUGGAACAGCCAGGGGCCCAUGCGCCUCCUCCAGGGUCCACCAGACAACAGACAAGCUCACCAGUCCCAGUGCCCACUGCUACCUUGGUACGAGUGGUGAAAAACGCCAACACACUUGGCAUCGCUAUAGAGGGGGGUGCCAACACACGGCAACCUUUGCCGCGCAUAGUCACCAUUCAGAAAGGAGGCUCAGCUCAUAACAGCGGUCAGCUGAAGGUGGGUCACGUUAUCCUGGAGGUCAAUGGCAUUCCCCUGAGAGGACGGGAGCACAAGGAUGCUGCCCAGAUUAUAGCCGAGGCCUUCAAGACCAAGGAGAAGGACCACAUUGACUUCCUGGUGGUUGAGCCAGGACUCUAGUAUGAGGACUCUGCACUUUAUGCAGGUUGGCUGAAGAGGACAAUGUUUUCCUGCUUUUAGGAAACUGUAUGAACUUCACAAUGUUGUCCUAUAAUCAUGGCCCUCAUUUUGUUUGCAGGGAGAGGAUUGGUAAAAGAUAUUUGUUGACUGCACUCUACUGAGAUUUGCACAAUUUAAAUUUAGAAAAUGAUAAUAUAAUUAAUAUCUGCCAUAAAAGUCAUACAUGCAUCAAAUGAUAUUUGCAUCGGUUUCAUUAGUCUUCAAACCCUGAAACCCUGAACCAGGAGGACUGGGUUAGUACUGAUAUUGUGGUUGUCACACCCAGUAAUAUCAAAAACAGCCAAUUGUCUCACAGUCAGGAAGUCAGUGUUCAAGUGUCUUGUAUUUUUUUUUCUUGCGACAAUUUUUGGAGAGGCAGUGCUGCUCUGGAGGCAGAUGUAGCUCUUAAAGGAUAAAUUGGUUAAAUUCGAGCAAGGACCUUAUCUUUUUCAUUUUCAUCUCUGUCACCAAGAAUAACAUUGUACUCUCCAAUUAAACACUGUGAUGUUUUAACAUGCAGACAAACCGGACAACAAACUCAACCAGACAUGUUGAAAACAAGUAAACAGUUUAGCCAGAUAAGAUACUGCUUCUUUUGGAGGUAAAACCAAAAGUGAACACACCUGAAUCAAAGUGCAUUCAGUAGAGUGGGGAUCUCCAACAGGUGGCUGUGCUGUGGACGCCAGAGCUGAUCGCAGCCACUCUAGACAUGUGGCACAACUGUGCCCGGUGGAAUUGUCUGCAGCUCCCUGAAGCUCCUUUGACCGAAUAAGUAAGAUGUCUAAAAAACGAGGUAACCACUGUAAUAUUUUCACUGGGCUCAAUUGUGGUUUACUGUUUACUUACCUGUUUUCCAGCCCAUCAGUGACCAUACCUGACACAUCACCCCAAAAAAAAAAAAAGGCAUCCUCUCCAGUGGAUGGUAUGUAUGGAAUUAAUCUGCAGUUGUUCUGGUCCCAAAUGAGACCAAACUGUUUUAAGGAUUGUCGUUUUUGAGCCAUGACGAAGGCCUAAAUGUGGCCUGCAACAGAUUAGUUAAGGCUUGUUGUUUUAGCCAAGGCAUUUCCAGAAAUGCCUUUUUGCUGUGUGAUUUUGUUGAGGUUCUGCAGCCCCUACUGGCUGGUUAAGAGAAUUGAUGUGUCAGCAGUCAGUGACAAUAUACAACAGUCAGUAAAACAGGUUUUUCAACAAUUGUUAAUCAUUUCCACCACAAGUGGUCCUUGAGCAUGCAGUCACAAAAGUGCAUGCAAAAUAUUAGGCUGAUUGGUCUAGUAGUUUGCGUGAUUAGUUGCAGACAGACGAAUACACACAUGCAUGAAAACACACACACACACACACACACACACACACACACACAAUCAGAGAGAGACAUUGCUACUGGCAUCUCAGAUGUGUUCACUUUUGGUUUUGACUCAAAAUAAUGUGGUAGCUAAUCUGCCUGAAGUAAUGGGUUUGUUUACAACCCGUCUGCACACCCUACCACUUACGUUUCUUGUUUUUCUGUUGCACUUCCUUCAGUGUCACCACAUUUUGAGAUGUCAGCAAUCAAUUGGGUGAGAAUGUUGGAACUUUUAAAAACUGAUGGAUAAGCCAAGUUGUAAUAAGCCAGAAUUUUUCAAAACAAAUUUGACAUGAACUCUAAACAAAAACCAAUCAACGUCAAAAAUAAAGAGUAGUGGUUGACGUGUAAAUAAAAAUACCAAUUAGGUGACGGUGGAAGUUCAGCAGGUUUGCUAAGCUAGAUGAUAAAAGAUAAAAGUGUGCCUACUGUAUGCAUUCAUCAAAAGUAUACAAUUUCAUAAUGUUAGCCCCCCUUUGUUACUGCCCUCCCCUCUGGCUCUGAUGAGUUCACAUGGAGGUAAAAUUCUGGCUACUGACUGACCACCAGUUACAUUUUCCAGGCAAGUUAAAACAAACCUUCCUGCAUGUAUUGGCCCCAUAUCUCAACCAGCAUAUCAUGGCAAAAUAAACUGUCAAAAUCACAGUAUGUCCUAGUACUCAGCCUUAACAGAAGAGCUUAUUAAUAGGAUCUACUGAAAUGAAGCCUUGAUUUGUUAUUAACUACGUGCUAAUUAGCCAAUCACUUUCAGAAACUAAACCUCAUCAAAAAGAUACAUAAGCAGCUUAAUCAAGUUACCUAAAUGGUACUUUUUUUUCCAAAGCAUAUAUAUAUAUGAGUCAUUUUCAAGAUGUCCAUUUUUUAACACCUCUUCAGUAUUUUAGCAAGAUUGCCAUGUGUACUUCAAUAGCUAUAAGACAAAUGUAAAUGGAAUAAUAGUUUGUAUAUAAUGUAGAUUUAAAUUGCUCUUAAGAACUUUUUAUAAUAUCAAAUACUAGAAGAGAAUUUAUUAUUCCCCAAUAAUAUAUUACUAAUUUACAUCACUCAUAUUUUAUUUAAUGUCUUUCCCAAAUGGCUGUGGAUGUGUCAUGUUCUGUAUAAAAACCACAUCCACACACUAAGGUGAUGGAGAUUAAUGAAGGUCCUAUAUGAAUAAUAUGAUGAGGACUGAGACUCAGAGAUAAAUUGGUAGACUGUUAAUGCACUGUACAGCAAGCACUGAUCAGGUUUGAGUAUCCUGUCAUAAUUAAAUAUGUGUGCACAACUAUGAGGAACAGAGGCAGAAAGUCAGGCCUUCAUUCAGAUUUGACUCAGAAAGCCAUACUAUCCACUGUCUUAACAGCUCUGGUAAAAAGGAAAAUACAGCUGCUAUGUGCCCAUCAUGAUCAUAUAAAAAUGACACUGACUCAACAGUUUAUUAGGUCUACCUGACUAAAACUAAUGCAGCCUCCUGUAAUAUAACAGCCCUGCAGUAAAUCCUACCUUCAUUUUUUGCCAGUAUUAAUUUCAACCAUUGACCCUUAGCCAGACAGUAGUCACUAUAGCCGUACAACCUUUAUGAAGGGAGGGUUUACGAGCUGUUGGAGCAGACUGCAUUAGUUUCAAUCGUUUUUGAGUCCAUUUAGAAAGAGAUUGUGCCUCGUUCACUAACGCACUACCAACUUGCCAAAACUGCAUUAUGAGAUAAUUACUAAAGUGAUGUUAAAACUAUUCAUUAGACUAUAAGACUAUCUAGUAUCUAUCCAUUCACAGUAGCUCGGCUCUGUAGAAAUGCAACCCAUUCUCACUUCCAGGUCGUCAAAUACUGACGCUUUUUCACACCCCUUGGCAUGUAAUAGCAAUGUACAGGGCACCCUUUAGUGCCUCUAUGUGAUGCUCAGCUGAAAUACAUUGUAACAGGUGGUUAAUGAUGUUCAUGUUAGGCAACAAAACUACUUGGUUAUGUUUUAACAAAGGUCAUGUGAGGGGUUAAAGUAACUAUGUUUGUUACAUAACAUGAUGUGACAUCAGUGCGCAGCAACUGUAUGUAAAUUACGUAAUGUUGAUUAAUUUUAGGUUUAGGCAAGUAGAGCUACUGUGUUAGGGUUAGGAGAAGGAACAUGGUGAUUAAGUCCCUUGAAAUGACUCAAAGUUCACAUGGUUCCUAAAAUCAGUGUCCUGGAGAAAGUCCUGUGGGAAAGUCUUGUGUUUUGUGACACAUCAGUUGCCCCAACCUGCCACCUGUAAGGACCACUCGGGCCCCUUCUUUACUGUCAUCAGAGCAUUGGUCACAGUUUGCAGCCUUCCAAAAUACAUGGGUUUUGCAUGAAUCACAGGUUCAUCAUUACUUGGGAUAUGUACAAAAUUUAGUGCAUAUUUUUUUGUACAAAACCUAUGAAUAGUGCAUGCGAAAAACCUGAAUUGAUGUAGGUGUGUAAGUUAUGUAACUUUCAGUUAAAACGACAUUGACUUGGUUUUACACAAGCCAUGAAUUGUAGUCUUCUUGGUGAAAGUCAUGUUUUGUUUGACCCAUCCACCUCCCCUCCCCCCAGCCCUAUGCUGCCGUCCCUGUCUUAUACAAUGUCAGUUACUUUCAGCUUCAAGCAUUGCUGUGGAUUGGUUUACAUUAAAGUUAACUGAAAGCCCAGUUCAUCUCAUAAACACGCUAAAAGGUGCCUUUGGCAGCUAUAUCAGGCAAGUGGUGUGACAAAGCGUCUGUAUGUAACAACCACAAUUCUGUUAGUAGUAGAAUUAAAAAAAUAUCACUUUUGAUUCUAGUCCUUAAAAAUAUUUGCAUUUUGAAAUAAGAGGUCAUUUCAUUAGAAUCAAGAAAAAUGACACCUGAUUGUUGAAAAUUCCUGACACAUGUUGACUUGUUUUGGAACCAGGUAAAAUAAUCUCAUGUGUUUCACCAAAAAAAAAGAAAAAAAAGAAACCACACACUGAUGAUUUUAUACAUAAAGGUUUUAUUAAAAAUUAGACCUUAUCCUGAGGUAUACGUAUAUUUAUCAUGCAGGGUAACUGACAACUUCUAGCAAAAAGAUGCCAUUGCAUUCACCCAUUCUAAAUACUAAAACUCAGGAUGUCUCGGGCUUUGCUGCUACAAUUUGAAGGGAAAAGGCCAAACCAAUUACUUCUACUUAUUUUGACCUAUAGCAUGACUUUAUUUCAUAAUCAAUUUUCAAUUUUCAAAACAGACACUCAAAUCAAUGCCAUACAGCUGAUUUACCAGAAGCAUGUUGCUGCCGACAGCAGUGUUGUUAACUGCAGUGGUUGUAAACCUCUGCCAUAGAAAAGGGCAGGACAGUCAGUCGAAUAUGUGGCUUUCGUUUGGUCUUUCCAUCAAAAUUAUUUGCUUGUUCCAUACAGCUGAGAAGUAUUUUAGUAGACAUUCUUUUCUUAACCAUGGUCCAAAGUAAUAGAGUAGAGCCAAGUAAUCCAAAUGGAGAUACUAGUACAGAAGUACAUGCUUUCAAAAAUGUAUUUUGGGCAGAUUCUAUUUAUGAUGGUUAUAUUAUAUUUUUGUAAUCUUACGAUAUAAUCCCACUACAGUGAGAUAACAUCGAUUAGUAGGAAAAUAUAGGCGUUUAUUGAUAAGAUGUAUGACUAAUGCAACACUAAAGUGUCUGGAUUCAAGGAUGAAGUGUUGGUGAGAAUAUUGUGCUGUUUAAACGAUGUGUAAAUCAGACUAUGUUUUUUGUUUAGUUUUUGUGAAUGCCAACUGUUCAAAAAUCAUAUAUCUUGUACAGAAAAAUCUGCACAUAGAUUUAUAGAGAUGUAUAUACAGUAAAUGCGGUUAGAGAUUUUUGUUCAACACAAUUAUGUAACCCCUUUGUGGCUGAUGUAACUGCUAACAUCUCUUGUGUGUUUCCCUUUUCAUAUCCUAUCACAGCUGUCUCACCACAAAACUAUCCCCCUGAACAAGUCACUUAUUCUUGUAUUGGUUCUUGCAACUUUCUUUUUUUUUCAAAUUGCAAAAAUGAUAGGCUACUUCCAAAUAUUACACAAACAGAGUUCCUGAAGACACAAUAAAAAAAGUCUGAAAACUAAAGCACACAUGUUAUGUUGCAUAUUUGUUGUAGGGGGAGUUGUUUAGAGCUUUUUUUCCUUGUUUUAAAACACUUUUUCAGGUGUUUAGAUUCACAUGAAUUUAAUGCAGCAACAAGAGAAAAGUGUGGACACCAGGUUUGGCAAGGUACGAAAAGGCUAAAAAAAAAAAGAAAAAAAUAUAGCCUGAAUUUCUUUGAAAUGUCCGCUCACCAGAAAAAAAUGUUGGCAUGUACAUUUCUGCAAACUACAAAUUUGUCACAUUUGUAGAUUUCAUACAUAUUAAAAAGUGAUGUAGUAUAUAAGACGAUUUUAUCAUUAGGAGGUGGAGGGGAUAGUGGAACACCAAGAUGAGAUGGCUAUCAAGCUGCAGACUAUUGUUCAAGAACAACAAACAAAGAAAAAGUUAUUCAGCGUCCCAUCUCUUGUUGUUUUGUUUUGUUUUUUACCAUCACUACAUUCCCAGCAGAGAUUGUGCCACCAAAACAGAUACAGUGGCGAGCAAAAGUUAAGGCACCCAUUGUCAAACUUUUGUCUAUUGUGACUAGUUAAUUAAGUAGCAGAUGAACUGAUCUCCAAAAGGCAUGACAUUAAAGAUGAAACAUGCUUUUCAACAUUUUAAGCAAGAUUAGAGUACUAUUUUUAAUCUCUACAAUUUUAGAGUGAGUACAAGGAAAGGUGCACCAUGCAAAAAUUUGGGCACCUCAAGACAUUUGUGCUCUCAGAUAACUUUUACCAAUGUAUCAGACCUUAAUUAGCUUGUUAGGGCUAUGGCUUGUUCACAAUCAUCAUUAACUUUAAUUUAAUUAAUUGUACAAACAGCACCUUCACAUGUAUUAAAUGGAGAGAUGUCAGGGCAAGGGGACUGCCCUGGACAGGUGCUCUGAGCUGUUGGGGAUUCAGUGCCUUGCUCAGAUGCACCUCGGCACUGCCCAGGAGAUGAACUGGCACCUCUCCAGCCACCAGUCCACACUCCAUAUUUGGUCCUGAUGGGGACCCUCUGGUUCCCAAACCAAUUCCCUAUGGACUGAGCUGCUGUUAGGAAAGGCCAGGUGAUGCAAAUUUCAAAGCUUUAUGAAUACUCUGACCCCUGAAACCUUGUCCCAACAAUCAGCAGCCUUGGGCCCCUCUAAACAGCAGCCUAGCAGGAGGAGGAGCAGGAGAAGGCUAUAAGAAGAUAGCAAAGUGUUUUCAGGUACCUGUUUCCUCAGUUCAUAAUGUUAUGAGGAACUGUGAAGGUCAAGAUGAGGUCUGGAUGAUUAAGAGCUCCUCCUAGGAUCACUAAAAAGGCAAAUCAAACACCCAUGUGACUGCAAAAGAUCUGCAGGAAGAUUUAGCAGAUUCUGAAGUGGUGGUCUACUGUGCAGUGACACCUGCACAAAUGUGACCUUCAUGGAAGAGUCAUCAGAAGGAAACCUUUCCUGUGUCCUCACCACGACAUUCAGCAUCAGAAGUUUGCAAAGGAACAUCUGAACAAGCCUGAUGCUUUUUGGAAACACGUCCUGUGGACGGGUGAAGUUAAAAUAGAACUGUUUCAAUGCAAAGAGCAAAGGUGUGUUUGGAGAAAAGGAGUGCAGAAUUUCAUGCUAAGAACACCUGUCCAACAGUUAAACAUGGGGGUGGAUCGAUCAUGCUUUGGGCUUGUGUUGCAGCCAGUGGCAUGGGGAACAUUUCACAGGUAGAGGGAAGAAUGGAUUCAGUUAAAUUCCAGCAAAUUCUGGAAGCAAACAUCACAGCAUCUGUAAAAAAGCUGAAGAUGAAGAGAGGAUGGCUUCUGCACCAGGACAAUUUAUCAUCAACACACCUCGAAAUCCACAAUGCACUACCUCAAGAGGAGCAAGCUGAAGGUUUGCCAUGGCCCUCACAGUCCCCUGACCUAAACAUCAUUAAAAAUCUAUGGAUAGACCUCAAAAGAGCAGUGCAUGCAAGACAGCCCAAGAAUCUCACAGAGCUAGAAGCCUUUGCAGGAAGAAUGGGGGAAAAUCCCUAAAAUAAGAAUUACAAAAAGUGUUCAAAAGCUGUGCUACUUGCCAAAGGGGGCAUUACUAAGUACUGACCAUGCAGGGUGCCAAAAAUUUUGCCUCAGGCUCUUUUCCUUUUUUGUCAUUUUAAAACUGUAAAAGAUUGAAUUAAAAAGUAAUCUUGAUUAAAAUAUUGAAGAAAUGUGUGAAAAUGUUGAAGCAUGUUUCAUCUUUAAUUUCAUGCCUUUUGGAGAUCAGUUCAUCUUCUACUUACUCGCAGUAAACUAAAUUUUGACCAUGGGCACCCACAAUUUUGCAUGCCACUGUAUUUCCUAAUCAUAAGCAAGUAAUCUUUGUGCCUAAACCUGUCCACACAUUAACCACAGUGUUGGUGAAACGUUAAGUUUUAACACAUUGCUACAUAAUGUGGUGCAAAUGUGACAUGGUUGGGUCUGCAGAAUGCCAACAUAUUUUUUCAGACACUGGGUUUCCAUGAGACAUGGUGUGUUCAAAUAUUCUAACUACAGUUGUUGAUGGGCUGAUGGGUUGAUUAUUUAACAUGUAGCAUUGAAAAUAAUUAUAUUUGACAACAAAUCUUAUGAGCAGACCCAACAAUGAAUGUAUCCAACUAAUAAGUGUGUAUAUUCAAAGCCUGAUAAAUUCCUUUGUGCUGCUGAGCUCCACUGUUCUCCAGAAACUAUUAAAAACACAUCAG